AUGGAGGCCGACCGCCAAGCGAAGAAGGACAAGAUCGCCUUUGUGGAGCAGCUCCAGCGCGAAGAGGAGCACCAGAAGGACUUCCAGAACUACUCUGAAUGGGAAUUGGAAUGGGUCGAGAUCUUGGGCUCCGACGCUGUGGCCAAGGCACCGAUGCCGAAGCGCAAACAUGCUGAUGGCAUGCAGAUCGCCGGGCAGGCGAUCGAGCGGCUGGUGCCGAGGGACAAGCUUACUGCCUUCAACCUCAUCCAGAAAAUCCUAGUGCGUAUUCCGGGAUGGCAGCCCGCGCUGGAGUACUCGGAGGAGGUCAUGAAGCGCUUGGCACCACAGUUCGCGCAUGCGCAGCUGUCCCAGGUACAAGAACUGCAAGAACGGGAUGCUUUGGCUUUUGCCUUGGCAGCGGCAAAGACUGCAGGCAUAGACGAAGGUGCUCACGAGCUGAAGGAUUUGAUGGUGGAUUGUUACGAGAAGGGCAUGUGCGGCAAAUGUGGCUUGGACGUGGCACUGCACAGCGGGUGA